AUGGGCCCGGCCGAGAAGGCGGGCGGGUGCGUUGCAUUUAGGAGCGGCAAAGCUCCGAGCCGCCCUCUUGCCAUUGGCCCCUGCCCGGGCACGUGGCGCUCCCCUCCCGCCUCUGGCUCACAGCUGGGUGGCCUCGCCGCCGCCGCCGCCGCUGCGCUGCUCCUGGCGGCGAAGCAAAGCAGCCGGAGAGCCGCUCCAGUGAAGAGCCUGACGGGGCAGCAGGAGCCGGAGAGUUUGUGUUGCCCGCGCGCCGUCGUUACCCGCGAGGAGCCUGAGUGCGCGGCAGCGGGGCGCCUCGCCUGUAGCUUCGCCCGGCAGCUCCCAGGCAGCGCGGGAGCCCUUUCGCCUUCCCACCCCGCGCUUAGAAAAAGCCAAGCCGGGGAGAAGGCGGCUUGA